AUGCUCAACGACGACGAAAUAGAAAGGGCCGCAAGCCAACUCGCCGAGUAUCGAAGCAGUAACCCAUUGCCGCAGAUUCUGGACCAGUACGCGAACCUGCUCGAGGAUUACAGGCGCCUCCGGAGCGACUACGAGGAGGAGCGCGAUGCGAGAGAGAGAUACAAGCAGCUGGCCCGCGACCAGGAGCGCAACCCCUUCGUGCUCGUCCUGGUCGAUGGCGAUGGCUACCCUUUCCACGAAAGGCUUCUCGACAAAGGCGCCGACGGCGGGAGCACCGCCGCCCAGCUGCUCAAUGAGGCCGUUAAGGCCGACCUGCGGAACAAGGGCCUCGAGCAGUGCAAGAUCAUGAUCCGCAUCUACGCCAACACCCUUGCGAGGGCCGGCCUCGUCGGCGCCGAGAAGCGCUCCCUCGGUCCCUUCAUCGCUAGCUUCAACCGCUCUUACGGCCUUGCUGACUACCUCGACGCCGGCGAGCUAAAGGAGAACGCCGACUUCAAGCUGCGCGCCCUCAUGCAGUUGUACGCCGAUAACGCUCAAUGCAAGCACAUGUAUCUGGCCUUCUGCCACGACGUCGGAUACAUCGCCGACCUAACCCCCUACGUGAGGGGAUAUAGUAAUAAGUUUACCCUCAUAAAAGCCCCUGGCACCAAGUUCCAUACCCAGUUCACUAAGCUGGGUAUGGACAUUGUCGAGUUCCCCGGCGUCUUCCGCCAAACGCCCCUAGAGAUGGCGGUCCCGGUUCGGCCCACUCACAAUGCACCCGCGUCCGCCGCCGCCGCCGCCGCCAAGGCCGACAACGCACCGCCCCCCUGGACGCCGUCGGCGGCAAACCGAGCCCCUACCGGGUCAUCCCUAUCACCCGGCAGCGGAGACGCAAGACAGGGGAACGUCUGCCGCUUUCACGCCGUCGGGAAGUGCAAGUAUGGAAAGGCUUGCAAGAACAUCCACGUCGACCGUGCGACCUCCAGCACCAAGUGGAGGAGAUCGAGUCCAGAUGACUUAGUCUCGGACACCAUCAACUCGUUACAAGACCCCGAGGUCAGGAUAUUCCCGGGCUCUAAUUCCCAACCGUCCGCUACAACUCCAGCCAAAGACGGUACGAACCACCAGCGACAACAACAAGAAAGCCAUGAGCGUGAGAUCCCGGAGCUAACCCGGGCAGACUCGGGCUUCGCCUCGUCGUUACCCCAGAAGCAAGAUAUCCCAGAAGGCUGCAUCGCGGUCAACACGAAGAACUGGCGCCUCGAUCCUUACAUCCCGCCAUCCGAUCCCACAAUCUCCAAUCGCCUGAAUGCCCGCAUCAGCAGGCACCGGGUUUGUAAUAACUUCCAUCUAAACGGGACCUGCGACGCCGGCGACUCGUGCGAAUACGACCACAACCCGCUUGACGCCGAGUCCAGGAGUGCGCUCGAGUUCAUCGCGCGCUCGAAGCCGUGCUCGAAGCGCGGCGGGUGCAGAAACGCCAAGUGCACAAACGGGCACAUAUGCCAAAACUCACGCUGCAAACACUAUGGCGGCAAGGUACACUGCAAGCUGCCUUUCCUGUCCCACACCGAGGACUUGACGGUGGAUAGGUUCAUCCCCGCCGACAUGAAAUCUUUCCACAACAAUAACAACAACAACAAUCAUACUUCACAAGCCUGGGCUGCUGAUACCAGCAGUACGAGCAGCAACGCUGGCGAAGACGAAGCUUACUACCCCGUUUCGACACCGACUCUGGGCGAGGAAGAGGAAGGAGAAAAGUACUACUAG